AUGAGAGUACUCAAGCGUCAGGGCCUUGUUCGACGAGGAGGACCACCGCCGUCCAAAAAAACCAGCCCAAUGGAGGUUCCACCUCAAAACCCAAAUCACCUCCUCCGUCUAUUGAAAGCUCUCACAAUCCCCGAAUGGCUUCUAGCCGCACACUUGCCUGUUGUGGAGAAGGGACAAGUCAUUGCUUUGUUGGAUAUCACAAAGUGUCUAUACGGUGCGAUUUCAAGAAUGGAGAAAGCUGCAGAGCAAGCAAGUGCUUUAGCAGCUGCUGUUCAAGGCAUUGAGAAGCAGUGGGGAGCUGGAUACUCUCUGCUCCUUACGCAAUGUUUAACGAUCAUCACUGAGAAUUCGAAAGUUGCUCUUGUGGCGCCAACAUCAGAUUCUGUCAAGGGACGUGUGCAUCGGUUUAGUUGUGGUGGUGAGAGUCUUGAGGAGCUGAUGGGUGUUGUGAUGCAGAGGAUUGGUGGUGGUGACGGUAACGAGAUGGAAGAAAGGCCGCAGAUUGUGUAUGAGGAUGAUGAAGGUGAUAAGGUUUUGAUUAUGUCGGAUAGCGAUUUGGUUGGUGCUGUUAGUCUUGCUAGGUCUACAGGACAGAAGGUGUUGAGGUUGCAUCUGGACUUCAGCGAGACGACGACUACGAGGAGCUUGAGCUUGGAAACGGGUCAGGUCAAGAAAGUGGAGUGUCUAAAGGGAGAAGGAGGAGGAUGGGUUUCGUGGCGUGGUGGUGUUGUGGUUACGGGAGCUGUUGUUCUAACGAGCAUAGCCGUAGUUGUUUACUUGAAACGCUCACAGAAUUGA